CUCUUCGCCUCCCUCUUCGCCUCCUCGCUCCCCACUCAGUCUGUCUCCAUGUACGCCACCGCCUGUACAGCACCGCGGGGGGAGGAGGAGGAGGUGGAGGUGGAGGUGCAGGGGGUGGAGUCAAACAGGGGAGAAGGCGGGGCUGGCCAUGCCUCGAGGCGCCCCAUCCCCACCUCCCCCACCCGGCCCCGCCUCCCCCCGCCUACCCGCUGUACCCAGGGCCCCCGGGACGGCUCACAGAGGAGCUCCACUCCACCACCACUACCACCCCCACCGACCCUCACCCCCACCCUCACCCACAACCCGCCCACCUCGCCCCACCCCCAAUGCCCCCGCACUACCAACACCAUGCCCACUUCCACACGUAUGGAGGGGGUGGCGCUGCCGCUGGAGGGGCCGCUGCCGCCGGCAGCAAGAAGAAGAUGUGGAACUUUAUUCAUGAGAAGAUGAGCUACGACACGUUCUUCACCAUGAAGCGCCUCAUCGAGCGCUCGCGGCGCCCGGACGAGGUGCUGCGGUGGGUCACCCAGAACCCGGCCAAGAUAUCCCACAACCACUACCCCGUUGCCCUGCAGAAGAUCGGACAGCUGCUGCAGGCCACACCUCCACGAGGUGGGGGAGACAACGCUGACGCUGAGGCCACAGGAGGAGGAGCUGAGGGUGGCGACGGGCGGCAGAUCCUGGAGCAUCAGGACUUUCAGACGCUUUGUAACGCCAUUGUCAAUGAUUGCGCCAAGUUCGACAACUUCAGCAUCGUCAACUGUCUCUACGCUGUGGCGGCCCUUGGUCUUCCCAGUGACUCUCAGGUGGUCCAGGUGUUGGAGGCGGAGUCUCAGUCCAGGCUGAACCAGUUUAACCAGAAGGACGUGUCGAUGGUGUUCAGCUCCAGCAUGAAGCUCCACCCGGGCACUCAGCACCCUCUGACAGAGGCCUGCCUGGCCGGCCUGGAGAAGAACCUGGAGAGAGAGCGCCACCCGCAGACGCUCUUCCUGUUGCUGUCCUACUACAGACUCAAGUGGCGCCUGCUGCAGCCGCAGGAAGCUGCAGCCGCCACAGGGGGCGCUAACAUCGCCAGCACGAGCAAUAACAACACACCUUCAAACCCUGAACAACUGCUCGCCAACAGGAAGAUCCUGCGUCUGGUCAAACACACCUUGGCGAGUGUCAGCGGAGUUCGUGACCAGGAGAUGGCGCUGUUGGAUGAGAUGUUGGCGGCGUGCGCUCGGGAGGCGAGCAACAAGAGUCUGGAGCUGAUCUUCAGCUCGCACCUGUUCUACCAGAACCGACAGGAGAGGUUCAUCAGCAGCCUGGCAGAGGAGCUGCCAAAGAAGGUGGACAGCAUUACUCCGUACACGAUGGCUCUGAUCGCCAAAUACAUCGCUCGCCAUCGACUGAGAGAGACUCGACUGCUCGACACAAUCGCAGACUUCCUGGUGAAGAAGGCCGAGUACCUGGAUAGUAAGGUGAUCCAGAAGCUGGUGUUCCCCUUCAGCAGGAUGAGCUACCGUCCGUCCAAUGAGCAGCAGUUCUUCUCUCGGUUGGAGGAGGUGGUGGAGCUGAAGGCGCUCAGCUCGCCGCUCGCCACCGUCAACAUUCUCAUGUCUCUGUUCCAGCUGGGACACUUCCCGGGCCUGGUGCUGCACCGCGUCUUCUCCUCCGCCUUCAUCAGCAACGUCACAAACAGCCCGUACGCCCUGAUCGUUCGGCGGUACCUCUCUCUGCUGGACGCUGCUGUGGAGCUCGAGUACUGCGAGUACACCGGACCACGACUGCAGGACACCCACAAGGUUCUGAUGUUUGACCACGCCCUAACUGCUGACGAGGUCAACCGCAAGUACAGUUAUAAAGGUCUGGUGGCCGAGGCUCUGCGACAGCUGGUUGGAGAACAGAACUACAAACAGGAUGAAGUACUGCCACCCGGAUACUACACAGACUUUGUGCUGUGGAUGGACGGUUCUGGUCGGGUUCUACCCAUCAGGACCGGUGCUGCUCUCUCUGUCGGUGUGGCUCCGCCCCCACCCUGCAUCGCCGUGACAUCGAAACCGGCUGAUAGUGGCGUUGCUGCAGUGACAUCAGAGUUCCAGAAGUUCUCUCCGUUUGCGGCGCUGGACGAUGGCGCCGAGCAGCCGGUGGGCGAGGCCAUGGGCGGCUCCUUCCUGGCCCCCCACAUACGUGGCACAGCGGGGUCCGUGGCGGCCUCGGGGCCCCCCCGGCCCGGAGCUAAUGGGGGUCCACUGGACUACGGGCCGUACUUCGUUCCAGCAGCAGAGUUCUACUCUGGGCUCGCCAAGGAGCACUCUCUGGAGAGCCAGGAUAGCUCCACGCUCAGCAGCCCGCCCUCCGAUGGACUGACUCAGGCCGGGGUGCCAGGACCAGCCGGGCCCACCGCCCCGGACUCUCUGUUCCAGUUCUCCAUCGGGAAGAUCCUGGAGGAUGAGGGGGGGGCGCGGGUCCAAGGUACGGACUGCGAGCUUCCUGGGUUCUACGAGGGUGUGACGUAUUCUGAUGGGUCCAGUACCGACAGAGGUCCCCCGUCACCACCGCACCUCCACCCCCCCAACAGACCUGACCCAGAGAGUCCCCCAACAGAACCGAGGCAGAUCAGGAGGGUCAUCAUGUCUGUCAACGAUAAGUGGCACUACUGCCACAACUCCGAGGUUCUGGUCGGUUCACGGGCCAUGAGGGACCGACACCUGAGGCUGCUGGGAUACGUCAUCCUCCAGCUGCCGUACCACGAGCUGGAGAAGCUGAAUGGCAUCGAGGAGGUGAAGCAGUACCUGCACAAGAAGCUGCUGGACGCCCCGCUAUGACGCUGUGUGUGUGUGUGUGUGUGUGUGUGUGUGUGUGUGUGUGUGUGUGUGUGUGUGUGUGUGUGUGUGUGUGUGUCACACGUCGCGCCUGCUGUCUGUCUGGAUCUGAUUGGUCAACCUCACGUUCAGAUCACAGCUGCAGCGAUCGAUCAGCUCGUCGUCAAAGACGUCUGCAGGCUGUGAUCUGAUUGGUCGCCGUAUGCAGGCUGUGAUCUGAUUGGUCGCCGUAUGCAGGCUGUGAUCUGAUUGGUCGGCGUGUGGAUGAACAAACAUAUCUUUUUUGGGGGGGAUAGGGGGGGGUCCCAUUUUUAUAAAGUUUUGGUAACCAUGGUAACAUCAACGAUGCAUGUGUAAGACUGUUUUAUAGUCAGAUGGAGUUUGAGUUUGUGGUGGGUGGGAGCAGGGGCUGAUGGGUACUGUAGUUCUCUGAGUGAAUAUGGUCGUCCGGGGGGGGGGGGGGGGGUCGUUACCACGGUGAUGUGGUGCGCGUGCCAAAGGAGGAUGAGCCAGCUUCAGUAUGAUGUGUAGGGGUCAAAGGUCAGAUUAUUUAUUUGUGUAUCAGGUGACGGACGUUUGGUGGGAAAGAAGCUUGUUUAUAUAAAUCUAUGAAAUGUCUAUAAAACCUGAAACUACCAA